AUCCACAUUCCAGAGUGAUCCUGAGGACCAAGAGCUCCUUCGACCCUCUCAGCAGCUACAUCAACGCCAACUACAUUAGGGGUUACCUAGGUGACGAAAAGGCCUACAUCGCCACCCAGGGUCCCAUGAUCAACACAGUGAAUGAUUUCUGGCAGAUGGCCUGGCAGGAAGACUGUCCUGUCAUCAUCAUGAUCACCAAGCUCAGGGAGAAGAACGAGAAAUGUGUUCUGUACUGGCCAGAGAGGCGUGGUAUUUACGGCAAGGUGGAGGUGCUCAUUAACAACGUGACAGAGUGUGACAACUACACCUGCCGUACCCUCACCCUGAAGCAAGGGGCUCAGAGUCGUGUGGUGAAGCACUACUGGUACACAUCAUGGCCGGACCAUAAGACCCCAGACAGCGCCCAGCCCCUGCUCCAGCUGAUGAGAGACGUGGAGGAGGACAGGACGGGCUCCCCGUCCCAGGGACCCGUCAUCGUACACUGCAGCGCGGGGAUUGGCCGAACGGGCUGCUUCAUCGCCACGAUGAUAGGCUGUCGUCAGUUGGAGCUGGAGGGAGUGGUGGAUGUGCUGGGGAUUGUGUGUCAGCUCAGAGCGGACAGAGGAGGCCUGAUCCAGACAGGGGAGCAGUACGAGUUUGUCCACCACGCCUUGAGCCUCUUCGAGACCCGCCUCUCCGCCGACACCGGCCAAUGAACAGAGGCCAGGAAGUUUUUGCUAGACAUGCCAGAUUUUUCCAGGAAGUGGAAUUUAAUUCCCCCUAGCGGGAAGGACCUAUCUUACCUGGUGACUGUGAGGUCAUGUGACUAAUGUGGAAGUGGAUAUUUGGGUGACGAUUGGAUGGUAGAUGUCCUUGUGUGCUUAGUCUUUGUGGACAUGUAUGGACAGCCUGGACUGCUAUUGGCUGAUUGAUUGAGUCUCCUUACAGAGAGAGAGAGAUGGAGGUAUGGACAGCCUGGACUGCUAUUGGCUGAUUGAUUGAGUCUCCUUACAGAGAGAGAGAGAUGGAGGUAUGGACAGGUGAUUUUGUCUCUGAAUGUAAUGUAUCCUUUCUUCUCUUCCUCCUUUUCCUCCUCUUCUUCUUCUUCUUCUUCUACUACUUCCUGUCAUUCGUGAGCAGCUCUGCUUCUGAAAACGUUGUUGUGAGCAACCUGCCUCUGUCCAAUCAAACUCUCUGAUACUGCAGCUCUGUCCAAUCAGAUUGCCUGAUAUUGAUUCUGUAGUAUAUCUCCACUCUGACCUCUUACUACUAUGUGCUACAGUAGAUGGGUAGGUAGUCUGUGGUCCUUGAA